AAGAAAAAAGAAAGAAAAUAAAAUUGAGCCCCUGAAUGCAGAGAGACUCCAGGUGGGAAAAAAUUCACACUAACUUUUGACAAUGAUUAUGUAUAUAAAUCCCCGUAGCUCCUUCCCACUGGUCUUUCUUGCAACAACCACCGUCAUUUUCCUCCUCCUUCCGGCCACCGCCACUGCCACCGGCGACUUAUGUGAAGCAACAGAUUAUAAGCCCCUUUGCAGGGCAACGGUGAAGGGAAUUACUGACCCAGCUAAAGCAAUAAAGAAAGCAAUAGAACUUGUAGUAUUAAAAACAAAACACGCAUUGUUGAUGGCGAGAUUGCUCGAACAGAGCGAUACUAACGAUAUCUGUAAAGAAUCGUACGAUGAUGCCAUUUCAGAUCUUGAAGAAUCCAUUCAAAGCCUGGAAGAUAAUGAUGAGGGAACUCUUAAUACAAAUUUAUCUGCUGCCAUUAGUUACUAUACAACCUGCGAUGAUGCGUAUGCAGAAAUGGAUGAACAGACAUCACUUACUAAGGUUAAUGUCAUACUAGAACAUAUGGUUUCUAAUUGCUUGGCCCUAGUCACUUUAUUGCACCACUAAUUAAUAAAUUGAUUACUUAAUUUUUUAUUUUGGAGGUUAAUUAACUUAUUUA